GGAGUUUGGGGAUGAGGCAGCUGAAGAACAGAGUCUUGUGAUGGUGGAACCAGGACUUCGUUGUUCCUUCAUUGUGUGGGCAGAAGAGGUGGAGGAUUUUAGGCGCCACCUGGUCUUGUCCCCACUGCUCAGACAGGCAGGGAAUCCCUCUUCUUCCUUUUGCUGAAUCAGCUGGAGAAGAAAGCCCAGCAGGAGGCCUGCCAGCCUCAGCCCCAGGCCCUACCAGGGUCCCAGGUACUGGAAUGGAACUUCGCCGAGGUCACUGCUCAAACGGCCACAACGAGGGAGCUGAUUUAGAUCCUCUGGGCCUGUUUCUUCCUUUUCUUUAAACGUCCCAGUCUAGCUUAGAGGAGGACAUUUUGUUAGAUAAAUGGCAAGCAAAAAACAAGAAGUCCAGUUACAGACAGUCAUCAAUAAUCAAAGCCUGUGGGAUGAGAUGUUGCAGAACAAAGGCUUAACAGUGAUCGAUGUUUACCAAGCCUGGUGUGGACCUUGCAAAGCAAUGCAACCUUUAUUCAGAAAAUUGAAAAACGAACUGAACAAAGAUGAAAUUCUACAUUUUGCUGUUGCAGAAGCUGACAACAUUGUGACUUUGCAGCCAUUUAGAGAUAAAUGUGAACCUGUUUUUCUCUUUAGUGUUAAUGGCAAAAUUAUCGCAAAGAUUCAGGGUGCAAAUGCACCGCUUGUUAAUAAAAAAGUUAUUAAUUUGAUCGAUGAGGAGAGAAAAAUUGCAGCAGGUGAAAUGGCUCGACCUCAGCAUCCUGAAAUUCCAUUAGUAGACUCAGAUUCAGAAGUUAGUGAGGAAUCACCAUAUGAAAGUGUUCAGGAAUUAUACAGUAUUGCUAUUAUCAAACCAGAUGCUGUGAUCAGUAGAAAAGGUCUAGAAAUUAAAAGAAAAAUCACCAAAGCUGGAUUUAUUAUAGAAGCAGAGCAUAAGACAGUGCUCACUGAAGAACAAGUUGUCAACUUCUAUAGUCGAAUAGGAGACCAGGCUGACUUCGAAGAGUUUGUCUCUUUUAUGACAAGUGGCUUAAGCUACAUUCUAGUUGUAUCUCAAGGAAGUAAACCCAAUCCUCCCUCUGAAGAAACUGAACCACAGCCUGACACUGAACCUAACGAACCAUCUGAGGAUCAACCUGAGGUCAAUGCCCAGGUUACACCUGGAAUGAUGAAGAACAAACGAGACAGUUUACAAGAAUAUCUGGAAAGACAACAUGUAGCUCAGUUUUGUGACCUUGAAGAGGAUGCAACUUAUGUUGCUAAGUUCAUGGAUAUUUUCUUCCCUGAUUUUAAAAAAAUGAAAAGCAUGAAAUUAGAAAAGACAUUGGCAUUACUUCGACCAAAUCUGUUUCAUGAAAGGAAAGAUGAUGUUUUGCAUAUUAUUAAAGAUGAAGACUUCAAAAUACUGGAGCAAAGACAAGUAGUAUUAUCGGAAAAAGAAGCACAAGCACUGUGCAAGGAAUAUGAAAAUGAAGACUAUUUUAAUAAACUUAUAGAAAACAUGACCAGUGGUCCAUCUCUAGCCCUUGUUUUAUUGAGAGACAAUGGCUUGCAAUACUGGAAACAAUUACUGGGACCAAGAACUGUUGAAGAAGCCAUUGAAUAUUUUCCAGAGAGUUUGUGUGCAAAAUUUGCGAUGGACAGUUUGCCGGUCAACCAGUUGUAUGGCAGCGAUUCAUCAGAAACCGCUGAAAGGGAAAUACAGCAUUUCUUUCCUCUUCAAAGCACUUUAGGCUUGAUUAAACCUCAUGCAACAAGUGAACAAAGAGAGCAGAUCCUGAAGAUGAUUAAGGAGGCUGGGUUUGAUCUGACACAGGUGAAGAAAAUGUUCCUAACUCCUGAGCAAAUAGAGAAAAUUUAUCCAAAAAUAACAGGAAAAGACUUUUAUAAAGAUUUAUUGGAAAUGUUAUCUGAGGGUCCAUCUAUGGUCAUGAUUCUGACCAAGUGGAAUGCUGUUGCAGAAUGGAGACGAUUGAUGGGCCCAACAGACCCAGAAGAAGCAAAAGUACUUUCCCCUGACUCUAUCCGAGCCCGGUUUGGAAUAAGUAAGCUGAAAAACAUUGUCCAUGGAGCAUCUAACGUCUAUGAAGCAAAAGAGGUUGUUAAUAGACUCUUUGAGAAUCCUGAGGAAAACUAAAGUAUAUACUGUGAAAACUUUGAGAAGAUAAUACAUACGUUCACAUCAAUAUACAACCAUUUGGCACAGCUUCCUGGGAAUAAAAAGAAAAACAUGCUUUGGAGGAAAACUCACCUCAAGUUACAAAAAUGAAUGGCUAUGCAUAACAACAAUAAAAAUGUAUUCCCCAAACAAA